AUGGAUGUAAAUGUGACAGACGUGGCAAAUAUACUCGCAAACGAACAUCCGUUUGAGGAGCCAUCUUUCAUGCGAGUUUUGGAUUUGGAAACCAUGCAUGUCCCGGAGUUCCCGAAAUAUAUGAAUGCAGAAAUCAGGGGCACCGAUUUGAAGCUGCGAGGAAUCGGUCCCACCGAUUUGUGGGAGGGAGAGGUUGAUGGGUGUGAAAUCGGUGCCACCGAUUUGUGCAAGGUAGAGGCUAAAGGGUAUCCUUUAUCUGUAUUUGGUGGGUUUGUUCAAUUUCAGACCAAGUAUGUGAUGGACGAAGCGAGUAUGCAGGAAAUGUUUUCAGUGUACAUGGAAAAUCGCAACCGAAUGUCGUGCAUCGAGUUAUAUAUUGAGUUUGAGCAAUCUGAAGCGAACCGUAACAUUGAAUUGGAAGAUUAUAAUAGUGAAAGCAAAGAUGAAUUUGAAAGUAACUAUGAGAUCGUCGGUCCAGGUAAGGACGAAGAAGAAGCUGGCGGCGCCAUGAACGCAGAUGUGGCGGAAGUUGCAAAUGCACUAGCAAACCCGCAUCCGUUUCAGGAGCCUUCUUUCAUGCGGUCGUUGGAUUUGGAGGCUAUGCACGCACCGGAGUUUCUGCAAUAUAUGAAUCCAGCCCCUCCUAUUGUGGCGGAUGGUGAGUUCACAGUGGGGAUGGAAUUCAGUUCAAGGGAGGCAGUAAUCAAGGCAAUGAAAGAUUACACCAUCCGGAGAGGUGUGGACUAUUGGGUAUAUGAGUCGGAACUGACGACAUUCUAUGCAAAAUGUACAGAAUAUGGGAAUGGUUGUGACUGGUUGAUCAGGGUAACUAAAAUGCAAAAGAAGUACUGUUGGGAGAUAAGGAGGUACAAUGGAAGUAAUACUUGUACCAGGUCUACUAUUUCUCAAGACCAUUCGAAGCUGGAUUCCAAGACAAUUGCAGAAGCAAUAAAGCCGUUGGUAGAGGUUGACCCGUCUAUAAAGGUGAAAUCAGUAAUUGCUGAUAUCCAGUCAAAGUUUAACUACACCAUCAGUUAUCGCAAGGCUUGGUUAGCAAAGCAGCAAGCGGUCGAAUCAAUUUUCGGAAGUUGGGAAGCAUCGUAUGAAGCUUUGCCGAUAUGGUUUGAGGCCAUGUGCCACAAAGAGCCAUCAGCAGUAGUUCACUUUGAAACAAUGCCAGCUUACCAGGGGGAUGAUUUAGUUCCUGAUAUACGUGUUCUACAUAGAGUCUUCUGGAGUUAUUACCCCUGUAUAAGGGCCUUCAGACACUGCAAGCCAGUGGUGCAAGUGGACGGGACUCAUUUGUAUGGAAAAUACAAGGGUUGUUUAUUGGUUGCAGUCUCACAAGAUGGUAAUAACAACAUCGUGCCUAUUGCAUUUGCGAUAGUGGAGGGAGAGACUUCUGAUGCAUGGCACUUUUUUCUGAGCAACCUGCGUCAACAUGUGGUGACACGUGAUGGUGUUGGACUUAUCUCUGAUCGACAUGAUUCGAUUAGGUCAGCUAUUGAACGAAGUAAUGGGGCGUGGUCUCCUCCUAGAGCUUUCCAUAUGUUUUGUAUUCGGCAUAUUGAGUCCAACUUCUUGAGGAAGUUCAAGGCACCUUACCUGCAGAAGCUUAUCGUCAACAUUGGAUACUCGAGGACGACCAGGGAGUACCAGAUGCACUAUGAACGAUUAAAGGAACGGGGUGAGGCUUACACCAACUGGCUUGAUCGUAUCCCUCGUGAGCAGUAUGCUUUGGCAUUUGAUGGUGGUUACCGAUGGGGUCAUAUGACCACCAAUCUUGUGGAAUGUAUCAACUCCGUCUUAAAGGGUGCACGCAAUCUCCCAGUCACUGCACUUGUUAAGGCUACAUUUUACAGACUGAAUGAGUUGUUCACUAGAAAAAGAGCCGAGGCUGAAGCCCGAAUCAAUGCUGGACUUGUGUUCUCUGAGAAGGCUACAACCAAGCUGCAUGCAAAUCAACGAGCAGCAGGUAACAUACAGGUUAGCUGUUUUGAUAGAGAAAAUGAAGUCUUCGAAGUACGCGAGAUGCCUAGUGGGAUUGAGUAUGCAGUUGACCUGCGCCACCAUCGGUGUGACUGUGGUGAAUUCCAGGUUGAUCGAAUUCCGUGUCGACACGUGCUUGCGUGUUGUGCAAAUCAGAGGUUGGAUUGGCAAGUGUACGUUAAUGACGUUUACAAGAUGGACCAAGUUCGCCGAGUAUACAGGGCUAGGUUUCGACCACUGAGAAAUCCGGCAACGUGGCCUGCUUAUCAUGGACCUAGAUUCGUUGAAAACCCGUUCCUCAGAUGGGUAGCCAAAGGCCGGCCAAAGAUGACCCGCUUCUUGAAUGAGAUGGACACUCGUAUGUUGCGUCGCCCGAGGCAAUGCAAGCAAUGUGGUGCGGAGGGCCACAGCCGCAGUAGAUGUCGUCAAACUGGUGGACCGAGUGCAGGUCCAACCGAAUAG